AGUAUACUCACUCAGUUUAUUAAGCUUAAGCUUUCUUUUUGAGAAUAAUAUCAAAAGAAAUAACUAGUGCUUUUGAUGAUGAAGUGUCGUCGUUUCAAUCUUGUUCUUGUGUUUUAUAUUUCUCUCAGUUUCUUUUUCUUGUCUGAUCAUACAAUAUCAGCUCAACUCAAACAGAAUUACUAUGCAAAUAUUUGUCCAAAUGUGGAAAAUAUAGUAAAAAGUGCAGUUCAAAAGAAAUUUCAGCAGACUUUUGUCACUGUUCCGGCUACCAUCCGUCUCUUUUUCCACGAUUGCUUUGUCCAGGGAUGUGAUGCUUCAGUUAUAGUUGCGUCCACAUCGAAUAACAAAGCAGAGAAGGAUCAUCCUGAUAAUUUGUCGCUGGCCGGAGAUGGAUUUGACACGGUGGUCAAGGCUAAAGCUGCGGUGGAUGCCGUCGCCGGUUGCAGAAAUAAAGUUUCCUGUGCUGACAUUUUAGCCAUGGCAACUAGAGAUGUCAUUGCUCUGUCAGGUGGACCAGCAUAUAGUGUUGAAUUAGGAAGAUUGGAUGGUCUAAGCUCAACUGCUGCUAGUGUUAAUGGCAAAUUGCCUCAGCCAACUUUUAAUUUAAAUCAGCUUAAUUCUUUGUUUGCUGCUAAUAGGCUCUCCCAAACUGACAUGAUUGCUCUUUCAGCGGCACACACCCUUGGAUUUUCUCAUUGUAGCAAGUUCGCCAAUAGAAUAUACAAUUUCAGCCCUUCAAACCCAGUGGACCCCACACUCAACAAGGCCUACGCAACUCAGCUACAGCAGAUGUGCCCAAAAAAUGUGGACCCCAGGAUAGCCAUCAACAUGGACCCCAACACACCCAAUAAAUUUGACAACGUGUACUUCCAAAAUCUCCAGCAAGGCAAGGGCCUUUUCACUUCGGACCAAGUCCUCUUCACUGACCCUAAGUCCAAGCCCACUGUUGAUGCAUGGGCCGGAAACUCUCAGGCUUUUCAAAAUGCAUUUGUGGCUGCAAUUACGAAACUGGGCCGGGUCGGAGUCAAGACUGGUCGGAAUGGGAAUAUUCGUCGAGAUUGUGGAGUUUUUAAUUAAAAUUGAAGUAUUUGAAAAUAAUAGCAAUUUCAGAUUUUGUUCACUUUCACACACCUUAAAAAAGGGAAUUUAAAUUGUAAAUUUGAUCAUUUCUAAGGGUGGAAUAAAUAAUAUGUUUAUUUUAUGGGAAUAAAUGAUGCAAUUUGUUUUGGAUUUCA